CUGUAAACAAAGAAGUGCGUGAAUGGCUGGUGGCGCAGAUCUCACUCUCCCUUCGAUUGUUGCUAAAGGUACCACAGACAGUAAUCCGGAACCAGAAAAGGGCAAUAACCACAGAGCAGGCAUUGAUGCAGGGGGAUUACUAAUGGCUUCUAAAGUCCCCAAGGCAGUGCCGGCAGUUUCUUCAGUAGCUGAGGGAGGAACACUUCGAAGGCCACGUGGCAGGCCAGCCGGCUCAAAGAACAAACCGAAACCACCCAUUAUCAUCACCAGGGACAGUGCUAAUGCAUUCCGAGCUCAUGCAAUGGAGGUAAGCUCUGGUUGUGACGUGAGCGAAAGCUUAGCUAACUUUGCAGGUAGGAAGCAGCGCGGCAUCUGCGUACUUGGUGCAACUGGGUGUGUCAUGAAUGUCACAUUGCGCCAGCCUUCAUCUCCAGGAGCAGUCGUUACACUUCAUGGCCGGUUUGAGAUCCUCUCACUGCUGGGAUCAAUCCUGCCUUCGCCAGCCCCACUGGGGAUCACGGGACUCACCAUCUACUUAGCCGGGGCUCAAGGGCAGGUUGUGGGUGGGGGUGUGGUUGGUGGUCUUAUCGCUUCAGGCCCGGUCAUGAUCAUGGCUGCGUCAUUCAUGAACGCCACUUUCGAUCGUCUGCCAUUGGAGGACGAUGAUGUGAUGACUGCUGCAGCAGCCCAGAAUCAGCACUACCAGAACUGUCGACCGCGCCAGCAGCACGUAGACCUCUCGGAUGUUUAUGGGCUGCAACAAAACUUGCUCACAAAUGGCACAAUGCUCCACGAGAUAUAUUCUUGGGCACCAGGUCGAUCACUGUCAAAGACCUAGUUCGCAGGGCUCGAAAAUCAUUUGUUCUGAUUAUGCAAUGAUAUGAUAUUGCCUUUCUUUAAUUUUUACAUUCUGGUUCAAUGCUAAAAAAAAGCACAAUUGUAGCUUCACUCUUGCAAUCCUGUUAGACCAAUCACUUGCCUUUCUUGCUUGAAUGGUCACUAACUCGAUAAGCCUAUGAGAACACAUUUUAUGAAUGUUUUGAGUACGAAGCGCCCCUCUAGCACUCAAAUAAUUUUUUUAUUUUUUUUUAUUAUUAUUAUUUUUUAAACAAUAAAGCAAACACGAACGCACCCUAUUGACCACGCCUUAAUUUGAACACCUCCCCUCCUUUUUUUAGGAUAGAGAAAUUAAAUACCUCUAGUAUUUAAAAAUUGCACAAUAGAGAU